GAUCAGUUGGCGAUCCGACAACGAUAUUUCGAAAAUCUGGUCACCUCACAAUAGUAGAGUGUCUGCACAGUGCACACCACCAAUAGUUGAAUAUAAACAAUCAACUACAUGCGUCUAUUUGUGUACUGACGAGGCCUUGUUACAUGGAGUAGUAAUACCACUCGUAUCACGAACUCUAGGUUUAAAAUUUUACCUUGUUGCGAAGCGUAUAUUCUCACGAAUGCAAAGUAUAGAAGAAGACUUCAACCCCAAGUCUAAAUUCAAUCAAUCAACGAACACACACCUAUAACUAUGGAUUCCGCAACGGAAUCCGAAACGAGUACCUACGGGCGAUUCAAGACAGAAGAAGAGGUUUUAAAAGGCCAUGGGGUCCAAGCAGUGUGGCUGAUUGAGUAUCUCUCCCAUCUGGUGUGCCAGUAUGCAGCUAACGGUCUUCCCACAGAAGCGCAAUACAAUCAUUUGAUUACUACUAGGGAUGGCAGCGGUAUAGCAGAUGAUGAACUAGACAAAGUUGUUCUAGAGCGUUUCCUGAUUGCCAGGGCGUACCACAACCUUGCUACUCUCUAUAAUACCGGGAAGGAUGCCAAGUACAAGCCCACAAAGAAAGACAAAGAACUGUUACGAGAGGCCUACGAGCUGCUGCAGGGCAGCAACCAGAAACUGCUGAAUGGCGAAGGGGUGUUAUUCAUCCCUGAGUUAGUUUUGAUGCUACUUCACUUACGGGCGAAACUAGUGUUCGUCGAAUCGAACGCGACGAAUGGGCAGAAGACACUUGACAAAUACUUCCCACCAACAGAGAUUCACAGCGAAGAGAGGAAUAUUUACGAUUCACUCAAGGUGGCGAUGCUGAAGGAACCCUCACAACGAGAUAAAGAGUCGUUUGAAUUCGUGCGCAAGUACUCGGAAGACGAAGACUCCCAUUGGUUUAAGGUAUUCUUCAUGAAGAAUAUCGCGCCGCUAAUGCCACGUGCCGAAUACAAAGUCUCGGGAGACUUCGCUCACCUAGCAAAGCGGACUGACGAUGAUAUAAAUGCGGGCUGUUUCGGCAUGUCCUACGGCAGCAAAUCCGUACGAGCAACCAGCGAGGUCUCUAAAGACGCUGGAGAUCCGAGCGGUGUGGGAGUCAGUGUGGAAGUGGAUGUGGCCAUACAGAACGGAACGCACAUACCCACCAAUUCGAGACUUGCACAGCCCCAGAAAGACCACAUCCAGAUCACUGACAAUGCGUCGGGUGAUACAAGCAGUGACGACGAGAGCAUACCACUGGCCAUGGGCCAAACGGCUAUAGCUGUACUAGACCUAACCCAGUCUCGCAACCGACUGGCGCGCGAUCUGGUGGAUCCUCUGGAUGUUCUCGUGGGUGCGGAUGGCAACCGGCUGAAGGAAUACAGGGCCAAGGGUGGAGAGAUAGCCGGGGAGAGUGCACGUGCUAAGCCACACAGACGGAAGAGGCCGCGACAAGAACCCGACACGGACAUCAGCCGCUCGCAAGACCUGGCGGAGAGUCUGGUGGUGGAUGUGGACGACGACGCCGUGCUGCCGCCGUCGUACUUUGCGGAUAUGGAGAAGAAAAUCAAGCUGGAAGCGAUCAGAAAACAGCGCCAACUGCUCGCGCAGCAGGAGCGCGUGUUGCUGCGCGGCACCACAGACGGGCAAGACACACGCUCCGCGCCGUUGCAGCACGUCGGUGCGUAUGCAGACACCACCGUUGCCAAUGCAGAGAUGCGAAGGUAUUGGAGGGCGCUGAACAACCUGCCGUCCCCGCCGUGGCAACGUACGGCAGCUGAUUCAUCAUCGCAUUCACGUGCACACGCCACCUCAUCGCCUCGCGCCCGCACCCACUCAGCCUCAGCCACGUCCACACGCGCACCAAAUCAAGAUAAACGCAUAACAACACGUGCACACCAGGCACCGACCCCCGACGAUAGAGAGAGCCAGCACAGCGGCGAGGAUGAUGAUCCAGAUGUGAUAGGGGGACAUGCACUGAGGUCGAAGAUACGCGUCCCACAAACCACUCAGAGGCGAAGUACGCGGACUACCGGGGUGGGCAAAGACCAUAGCAAGGACAAAACGGCCCUCGUGAGUGAUGGAGGGGUCGACGACAGUGACAGCGGACGUUCGAGGGAAUACUCGCCACUGCCCAAUGCGCGUGCGAGCUCAAGUGUGAAACCCAGCGUCGGCAGAGGUCAGCGGAUAGGUACAGAUGAUGGUAAGACCACUGCGCCUGAGAGGAGGAAACUUGCAUCUAAUCUCUACGCAUCUGUUCCGGGCGACAGCCAGGUACCAAAUCCCAGAUUCGACACGGAUGAUGAGGGCAUCCCAUCACCUAUUGAUGCGAGGCAAUUUGCGCUAAGGAGCAGUAUCUUUGCCGGAAAGCGCAACUCAGGAUAUCGCAAAUGGACAGAAGCUGAGAUGGAUCUACUCAGGGAAGGGAUGAGGCUGUAUCCAAGGAGUUGGGCCAAGAUAGAAAAAGUAUAUUUCAAUGGUAAACGCACUCAGGUGAAUCUGAAAGACAAGUGGCGUACCAUGGAGAAACAGUUAGAGAAGGAAGAGAACGCGACGAGGAGGAAAAAAUCCAAAAACAAUUCAUGAACAAGAAGUCAAUUCCGCACGAACCGUGUCGCGGGUGUUAUCUGUAGAUCUCGAAGCCUCUUAUCUAUAUGGGGGUUUUUUUUUCUCUGGCUGUGAAGGAUGAGGUGAGCCUCCCGACAACCAUCAUUAUAAAUUUGUGCACGUAUUUUCAGAAAUCUGAGGAGCAAUGUACUGUCUGAAAUCGUACAUUGAGCUAUGUUAAUCACACAAAAGUCAGUAUGCAUUGCAAUUCAAUUUUUUGUCACGUCUCGGGCCACACAGAUAGAGAACGUUUAGACUCCAUACACAAAUGAUAAAGCGGGCACGUGUGCAACUUCGACAUCACAGUCAAUUGAUUAGUUGCCAAUAAACAUACGAUUAAAAUACUCCUGGCCAACUGCUUUCAAACACGUAAAUGAAAGUAUGUUUACUUCGAAUCUCAUUUGCUCUUUUGUGAGGCACGUUCGAAAUAAAGUCAG